AUGACCCUUGCACCCCGGAUGAGCCGUGCGCACCUGCUGAGCCGCAGGGUGCCGUCAGCCUUUGCCGCGCGAGCACAGGGUCUCGGUGUGAGAGACGGCACGUUCCGUGCAGCGCGUACCCGGAUGCACAGAACUGACCACGCCAUACCUCCACAGGAAGCUUUGGAGAAGGGGAGAUACCUCUGGGCUCCUCGCAAGGAAAGGAGCGACAAGAUGGACGAACGUGUCAUGGGUUUGGCGAGGAGGUUCUGGCACUCUGACGAUAUUUCUCGUGCGUCGGGAAACUCCGGGGAGGAGUAUCACCCCCGUAGGCAGCUCAUGGCGGACGAAUCAACCGUUCUGACGCUUCCGGCUGUCACGAAGCGAUACAAGCUACGCGUUCGCCAGGCGUCGUGCUACUGCUCGAAGUGUAGUGUUGGAGCUUACGACGACUGCGUCCCGGCCAAGAAGUACGAGGGGAUGGUGGGUAUGGUGAAGGCUGUGUCGGGCAAGCACAAGGUUACUCGGGCGUCUUGUGGUGUAGGGAAUUGAGGGGUGUCCGUGGUGCACGUCAUGUUCUCGUGUUUGGCGCCUUGUUCUCUUCCAUGUUCUUUUGUUUUUUUGGGUAU